UGGACAAUAAUAACCGCUCAAAGGUUAUUGCUGCAGGACGGAAACAACGCCGAAGACACGCCCACCUCCGGUGUAAUCUCUCUGCUGCUCUCCGUUCGUCUCUUCCUGCAUCUGAAGUACGUAGCAGUUCAGUUCUGAAGAUGAGCUACCCAGGAUACCCUCCUCAGUCCGGUGGAUACCCACAACAGGGAGGGGGCUACCCACCUCAACAAGGGGCAUAUCCACCCCAAGCAGGCGGCUACCCUCCACAGGCAGGCGGCUUCCCUCCACAGGCGGGCGGCUACCCUCCACAAGCGGGGGGCUACCCUCAACAGGCAGGCGGCUACCCUCCACAGGCAGGCGGCUACCCUCCACAGGCAGGCGGCUACCCCCAACAGGCAGGCGGCUACCCCCAACAGGCAGGCGGCUACCCCCAACAGGCUGGAGGAUACCCAUCUCAGGCUGGCGGUUACCCUCCCGCAGCGGGCGGUUACCCUCCAGCAGCAGGGGGCUACCCUUCCCAGCCCGGAGGCUACCCUGCCCCAGCUGGAGGCUUCCCUCCUCAGGCAGGAGCUGGAGGCUAUCCUUCCAUGCCUCCAGGAGGUGGAGGCUGGGGUGCAGCACCAGGCGGCCAUGGAGCGCCAGGAGGAGCUCAGCAGGGAUACCCAGGGGGCCCCGCCCCAGGCCAGCCCAUGCCAAACUACCCCGGAGCCCCCGCGAAUAACCCCUCAAUGCCUGGAUAUGGAAGUGGAGUUCCGUCCAACCCUAAGGCACCUGCCAUUUCUAAAGGGUACAGAGGUUCUUUGAAAGACUUUCCUGGUGCUGAUCCACUGAGGGAUGUUGAGGUUCUUCGCAAAGCUAUGAAGGGCUUUGGCACUGAUGAAAAUGCCAUCACUGAACUUCUGGGAAGCCGUACCAACAAACAGCGGGUUCCAAUGGUAGCAGCCUAUAAAACGACUUAUGGAAAGGAUUUAUUCCACGAUCUGAAGUCUGAGCUCACUGGAAACUUUGAGAAACUGGUUCUUGCUAUGGUUAAGAGCCCUGGACAGUUUGAUGCAUCUGAACUCCGAGAGGCUAUAAAGGGCGCGGGAACUGAUGAAGCUUGUCUGAUUGAGAUUCUUUCAUCACGCUCCAAUGCAGAGAUUAUUAACAUCACCAAAAUCUACAAAGCUGAGUACGGGAAGAGCCUGGAGGACGCCAUCAGCAGCGACACCUCCGGUCACUUCCGCAGACUCCUCGUCUCUCUCUCUCAGGGAAAUCGUGACGAAAGAGAGGCUGUCGACGUCUCCCUAGCCAAACAGGAUGCUCAGAAACUGUAUGCGGCCGGGGAAAAUAAAGUCGGAACUGAUGAGUCUCAGUUUAAUGCCAUCCUGUGUGCUCGCAGCAAGCCUCACCUUCGAGCAGUCUUCCAGGAGUACCAGCAGAUGUGUGGGAGAGACAUUGAGAAGAGCAUCUGCAGGGAAAUGUCUGGCAAUGUGGAGUCUGGCAUGGUGGCCGUGGUGAAAUGCAUCAAGAACACUCCAGCCUACUUUGCAGAAAGGCUCCACAAAGCCAUGCAGGGGGCCGGGACCAAGGACGAAACACUCAUCCGCAUCAUGGUGACCCGCUGUGAGGUCGAUAUGUUGGACAUCAGACAGGCAUAUGUGAAGACUUACGGAAAAUCACUGUACAAUCACAUCUCAGGUGAUACCUCCGGGGAUUACAAGAAGCUGCUGCUGAAGCUGUGUGGAGGUAACGACUAAAAGGAAAGGAAGAUAAACCGACAUAAGGACAAAAUAUAUGUCCACACUGAAAUGAUGUUAUAGGACCAUGAUGCAUGUUUAAGUUAGUAUUCCUAUGACAACAGUCAGUCAUUAUUUCUUUUGUAUUGUUUUCAGUAUGAUUUUAAAUGAUAGAUUUUCUUUUAUUUGUGCUGCUGCAUUGUAGUAAGUGAUUGCCAAAUAGUACAUAUAUAUUCAUAUAAAGUUUUUUUUUUUUUUUUAAGUUGACAGAUAGCUUUAAAAUCUUGUACUUGAGUAAGAUGUUAACUAUAUAAUAUAUCUAUACUAACUAUAUUAUAGAAUAGUUUUUAAAAUAUCCAACAAUCUGCUAAACUAUAAUUGUCAUUUAAAGAAACCCGUAUUUGCAAGAGGAAUAGAGUUUCAGAAACAUGUAAGAUGCAGAACAAGGCGAGUGUCUCGUAUAUCGAAUAUUCAAAGUAGGAUUUAUUGAGCUAAUUACUUUAUAAAUGCAUUAUGUCUGUCUUACUCUGGUAAGGUUACCUCAACGCCAAGCAUUUCAACUGUGGGCCAAUUACGAGACAAAGUUGCGUGACACUUUUGCAAGUUUGAGCAAAUUAUGUUUGACUUGAUCACACACAGAAAAGGUGUGAUCAUUUAAUGCUUGUUAAACUAGCCAUAAUUAAAUUCCAGGUAAUUUUUUAUUGUAAGAAAUAACAUUCUGCAAAAAAGCAUCUCUUCUAUGUGUCCAUGUUAACUAACAAUAAUUGUACUCGUGCUUGCAAGUCUAUGCAAUUUAGCUUUUUGCCUUAUAUCAGCUUUUCAAAACUCUGCUGUCUUUGAAGUGUAAACUGUUCCAAUCAUUGGUUGCCAUCAAGAGACAAUGUUCUCUCUCUGAAUGCUGAAAAGCCAAAGACGGAUAAUUUUGUGCCUUUUUGUCAGGGCUGUCGUGUAAAAAUGUUGUGAGCUAAAUGAAGUUUCACUUUGGUUUAUCUUGCCAACAAUCUCUAUAAUCAUACAUGCACCGAUUGCAGAAAUGCAGAAAUCCUUCUAUUGUUAAUUUCGCAUCAUUUUGUUUACUUUUUUUUCCUGAGUAUCUUUAACCGGUUUGUAUGUUUUACUGCCAGUAGAGGGCUCUUUAUUCACAUGAGGUGUCAUUUCUAAUGUCUGCUGUCUGAAUGUUUGGUUUUGAACCGAAUAUCCAUUGCACAAAGUCUACUUUGCCAUUCUUGUACAAUAUUAAUUAUCAAAGUUCAAUGAAUGCCUUUUUUAGUUUUUGCUAUCAUUUUGCCAUGUGAUCGUCCCGGUCUCACAAACAGCCACUUUUCAUUUCAUUAAAAAAACAUUUUGGCAUA